GGGUCGGGCAGAGGGACGUGGAGGGGACAGGGGACUAGGCGAGCACCAGACAUCUCUCUCCGAUGCACUCAAACGGGUGGAAGUAAAAGAGCAUCAAGACCUGAUGGUGACAGACAAGGCAGCAGAGGGGUCCCCAGGUACCAAUGUGCUGCUCUGGUCUGAUGUGGCAGAAAUCAUGGGCUUGGUGGGGCUGGGUGGAGGGGGCAUCUCUCAGAAAAUGCAACGUCCUUGCUUCUAUGAGCUCAAUGUCCCCAUUUUCUCCACAGGAGGUUUUGCCACCUUCUCGUCCUGCUUCCCGGGGCUCUGCGAGGGGAAGCCAGCUGCCAUCCUGCCAAUGAGCAUCUCCCAGCCAUGCUUGCCCGUGGCCAACAUCGGCCCCACGCGCAUCCUGCCGCAUCUCUACCUGGGCUCCCAGAAAGACGUCCUAAACAAGGAUUUGAUGACGCAGAAUGGGAUAAGCUAUGUUCUCAACGCCAGCAACUCCUGUCCCAAGCCAGACUUCAUCUGUGAUAGUCACUUCAUGCGCAUUCCUGUCAAUGACAACUACUGUGAGAAGCUGCUUCCCUGGCUGGACAAGUCCAUUGAAUUCAUUGACAAGGCCAAGGUGUCCAGCUGCCAGGUGAUUGUGCAUUGCUUGGCCGGGAUCUCCCGGUCAGCCACCAUCGCCAUCGCCUACAUCAUGAAGACCAUGGGUAUGUCGUCAGAUGAUGCUUACAGGUUCGUUAAGGACCGUCGCCCAUCCAUCUCACCCAACUUCAACUUCUUGGGCCAGCUCCUGGAGUACGAGAGGAGCCUGAAGCUCCUCAAGGCCCUGAAGUCAAAGGGCGACCGGGGCGAGGGGGACACCCAGCAGGACCCAGCAGAGGCGACUGAGGGCAGCCGGCAACCCCCACCACCUACCUCAGAGAAGGCCGAGGAGGUGCCGAGAGGCACUGGCUCGGUGUCCCCCCACGGCGACCCCGAGCGGCAAGGCGGGACCCCGAAGGUCCUGUCACCCACCACCCUGCAGCAGGGGCUCAAUGGCUUGCACCUCUCCUCCGAGCGCAUCCAGGACACCAACCGCCUGAAACGGUCCUUCUCCCUGGACAUCAAAUCC